UCUUACCAAGACUCCAAAAAAGAAAAAUUAUUUAAAGAUGGUUCUAUUAAAGAUGUUACUAUUUGUACUAAUAUUGAUUUUGAUUUUGAACACUUGAAAGCAGCACAAAUUGGAGUUAAGAAGAUAGAAGAUAAAGAUAAUAUUUUAGACUUAAAAAGUGAUAAGAAACAAUCUGCACGCUAUAAAUUCAGUGGAGAUGUUGCUUCGCGGUUAAAACUAAAAUUACAUAGUUAUAAUCAAAUCAGAUUAAAAAAGACGAUUAAAAAAGACGAAAGAAGAGUUGAAUAUUCUGAUAAUGAGAUAAAAGAUUUUUUAAACCAUCUUGUAUUUGCAGUAAAUCAACCUAAUGAAGAAGAGUUAGGUAGGAUUAUUAAAGAAGAGAUAGAUAAAGAUUUUGAUUUUAUUACAUCAGAAAAUGUAUACAACAAGUUCUUUAUAAGAAUGUUGGAUUGGCUGAAAGGUAAAGAGAAAGAUAUGUUUCUUUCCUAUGAAGAAGGGAAAAAGUUUUUUGAAGAAGCAAGAAGAGGAAUCCAUAUUCGGUUUGGUGUGAGAGAUCCGGUAGAAUCAUUUAUUGGAAGAACUACGCAAUUGGAUGAUUUACAUAGAAUAUUGCAAGAUGAAGGUAAAAGUGAAGGUACUGUAAUAUCGCAGACANGUGGUCUUGGUGGAGUGGGUAAAAGUGAACUAGCUAGAAAGUAUAUCAAUGAAUAUAGCCAAAAGUAUGAUAAUAAUGUUGUAUGGAUAAAAGCUGAAAGUUAUCAAACUCUUGUAAAAUCUUUUCGUAGAUUAGCUUGUGAUACAUUGAAAAUGAGUACAAAAAAUGCAAAUGGUGAAGAAAAGGAAAUAAGUUCUGUAGUUGAAGAUGUGUAUGAAUUCUUUUCUAACAGAAAGAGUCUUUUUAUUUUUGAUAAUGCUGAAAAAUACAAAAGUCAAGAUGAAUUUGAUCAUGGUAUAGAUACAUUUUUACCUUCUUCAUCACCUAACUAUAACAGACCGUAUGUUUUAAUUACCUCUCGUAAUCAGAAAUGGCCAAGGAACAAGAUACAAGUAUUACAAUUAGAUGUAUUUAAUGAGGAAGAGGCAAUAGAAUUUAUUAAAAAAUCGCUCAACAUAGAAAAUGAUACACAGGAAGAAAAUAUUAAAAAGUUAGCAAAGAAAUUACAGUUAUUUCCUCUAGCAUUGCAACAAGCAGUAGCAUAUAUAAGGGUGCAA